CCCCCCCCCAAGACCCGGUCUCAGAUCUACAACUUACAAUCCCAACAACCAAAAGCUCCUCUAAACACCACGAGCUUUUGUCUAUUCACAGCGGCACUUGAACGUUUUUCUUUCGAGUCCCAUCUCUCCAAAUCCAUUCAAAAUGUUCGGACUCGGCAGGCCGCAGCCCACUUCGGCCGAGAAGAUUGCCGCCGUUGAGAACGAGCUCAAGGUUGUCGCUGAGAUGCACUCUCGCAUGGUCAAGAUCUGCACCCUCAAGUGCAUCGACAAGUCGUACCGCGAGGGCGACCUCAGCAAGGGCGAGUCCGUCUGCCUCGACCGCUGCGCCGCCAAGUUCUUUGAGACGCACCAGAAGAUCUCGGACCAGCUGCAGAAGGAGACCCAGGCCCGUGGUGGAGGUGGCUUCAGCAUGUAAAACAGCCUUUGUUUUUUUUUGGAUUACUGGAACGGGGAAGGAAGGACACGACGACAACAAAACAAAAGAAUAAAAAGUUAUACCCACCCGCUCGCAUUGAUCCGGCUUCCCAACCCGCCCGCCGGCUCUUGGUUCUCGGCAGACAGAGGAUAAGCAAGACAUGGAGCAGGAGAGGACAUGAAUUAGGUGCUAGGAGAAGCGGGGGGGAGGGAGGGGGCGCAGUGUCUACCUAUGAAAGAAGGCCGAAGGACUGCGUCCCGUGUAUUAUACACCUCAACACCAUAGCAUUGUGACUUUUGGAGAUAGAGGAUACUGUGGAUAGGGAACAACGCACAUAUGCGGCAACUGUUGGUUGAACAUUGACGAGAUACUCGAU